AUGAGACUUUCGAUAUUAAAGGAUAAGAUAAACAAUAAUCAGGGCUUACAAGAUGAAAAUAACACAAUUGACAAUGUCGAUACAUCGAAAGCAGUCAUCGAUUUACUAAUAAAAAAAGGGGCAAUGGAACCAGAUUUCAAUGAAACUCGUAUGAGAGAUGAAUUGCUACAAAUAAUCGCUGCAGGAGUAGAAACGACAGCGCUGACCGUGAGUUUUUUAAUGCUGAUGUUGGCUAUAAAUCAAGAUAUUCAGUUUUAUUUCACACCAUUGCAGCAAAAAGUACACGAAGAGAUCACAUCACUCACAAUAGACUGUAAUGGACUGAGUGAGAAUGACUUGACCAAUCAUUUGAGAUACUUAGAGCAAUGCAUCAAAGAAACAUUAAGGAUGUUUAGUCCUGUAAUUGUAACCUCCAGACGAAUUAAUAAAGAAAUCAUAUUGAAAGACAACAAAAUAAUUCCAGCAGGUAUGUUUGUAGCGACAUUCAUACAUUUAUCAAAUUACGAUCCCGAUUUGUACGAAAAUCCGCAAAAAUUCGAUCCUGAGCACUUCAACGAUCAAGCAGUACAAAAACGAAAUAAAAAUAGUCAAUUGAGCUUCGGAUAUGGACCGAGAUCGUGUAUAGGUGCCAAAUAUGCGAUGAUGUCCAUAAAAACACAAAUCGCUUACAUACUGCGCAAUUAUCAUUUAUCAACCAGCAUUAAAGAGUUUACAAAAGAACAUUUGACAAUGGACCUGAGCAUCAGAAGUAAAGUCGGUUAUCCAAUUAAAUUCACAAGUAGAUGAGAAGUUGAGCCAUACCAAUAAAUGAAGAUGAAUAAAUUGUGACUUUUCAACUUAGGCUAUACUGCAUAACUUUG